UGAAAUCACAAGGCUGGACCAAAAGUGUGCAAAAGACACUUGGCAAAUAAGAUAAAGUAGAAUUGAUGGUUCCUAUUUUCAAUAAACUUAUUUUCCACUGGAGAGAGGAUGCAACACUUAUACAAAUAAGUCUAUUAUAAGGGUAAGGGUGAUACUUGAAUUGGAAGAAAGGCAAGGAUUCUGAGAGGUAGAUAUGAAGAGAGAGUGUAUUCCAAACAUGAUUGACAGCUUUUGCAAAUUCAAGGAGGUGGGAGAUGGAACAAAAAGUUCUGGAGGUCUAAUUUGGUUGGGACCUAGAGUUUGUGGAGGGUAGAUAAUAAUAUAUGUUAUAUGUAACAUUAUAUAUAAUAAUUUCAUGAGACUAGAAAUGGUAGUGGGAAUCAGAUUGUGAAAGGCCUUUAAAUACUACUCUGAAGAGUGCGUUUUAUUUGAGAAGUAACAAAGAAUCACUAAAAAUUGUAAGCAGGGAAAUUAUAUGGUCAGGCUUAGGAAGGUAAUUUUGGCAACUGUAUAGAGAAUAGUUUGGAGAGAGGGGAGACUGUAAGCAGGAAUACUAAUACUAGUCCAGGUGAUUGAUAAUAAUGUCUUUAAUUAGGGUAAUGGCAGUAUUAAUAGAGAGAAGACAAAUGGAAUAGAUGUUGUGGGGAUAGACUUGACAAGAUUGGCAAUUUAGGGACUAGCACGGUGCUCUGUUUACAAAGUAGAUGCUUAAUAAAUAAUUGUUGAAUGCAUGAAUGAAUGCUAACCCUUGUCCUUGGUCUAUGGGGUUCAAAAGAAGAAAACAUAUGGAAUUACCCUAAUUAUGUUUGUGAACCUAUGACAAAUAGAUGUGAAUAUAGGAGAUGCGAGAGGAAUAAAUUUAAGCUAACUCCAAGUAAACUUAUGAAAGGAAGUAUGAUGCAUUUUCCACAGAAAUAAUAAAGUGUGAAUGUGAAUAUCCAACUGGUCACCAUGCCUGUUUGAUUCUUCCUCAAUAUCACAUCAGAACUGUGUCCAUUAUCUCUAUUCCCAGUAAAUUCAUUCUAUAUAGCUCCUCAUUACCAUCUUCCCAGGUGAUUUUAAUUAUAUCCUAACAAUUAUUACCAUCUAGACGUACUCCUUAUUUCAGACCAUCCUUCAUACCAUUGCCAGAAUAACUUUUCUUAAGUAUAGAACUUAUGAAUAGAAUGUCUGCACUUGAGUCCUACAUAAGACAUCAAUUAAAAUUUUUAAGUAACCAGGCAAAUUUUUAAGAUUAUACAGAUAACUGGCUGAUCUGUUUUGGUGGAAAGAGUUUCUACUCAUGGAAUUUCCUAUUCUGAUAUAAUCAUAGCUCCUUAUCCUUUCUUCCCCUCCAAUAUCUCCUCCAUAUAAAUUAUAGAUUUGGUUAUGUUAAUUUGGAUUUUGAUUCUAUCACCUUACUGAAUAAGGUUCAAUCUUCUCUGCCUGGGAUUUACAGUUCCCAUAUCUUUCCAGCUAUAAUGUGUAUCUCUCCUUUUUGCACAUUAUACAUUCAGAUAGAAUUAAUUUUUGCCCUUCAAAUAUAACUUCUGACUUCUCACUCUAUCCUGAAUGAUAGUUUAUCAUAGUUUCCUAUGCUUGGAAUGUCCCUCCUCUCCCCCUUUUAUGUAUUGAAUUCUUAUCCAUGUUAUAAGCUCAAUUCAAUUGUCACCUCAUCCCUAAACAUUUCUCCAAGUUGUUUUCAUAUCUCUUUAUUUGGUAUCUCUCUAAAGAGUUAUCACAUGGUAGUACGUCACAUGAAUAUUUGUGCUGGUGUCUUCUUUAUUUACUAGACUAUAAACUCACUGAAGGCAGGUCUCCUGUUCUUAUACAAACUUUAAAUCUCACUUGUCUAGCAUUGUGCUCUGUUCAUAAUGUAGAUGCUUAAUAAAUGUUUGUUGAAUACAUGAUUGUUCAUCCCUGUGUCGCUUGGUUCAUGGGGUCUGAAAGAAUAAAAUAUACAGAUAUUCCUCUAAUGAUGUUGUUUGUGGAUCUAAGACAAACAUGUGAACCAGUUUGGAGAAUCAUACAAGGCAAUGUAUGUUUGAAGGACAAGAUAAGUAUCAGUUCGCAAAUUCAAAGCAGAAUUAAGACAUUUGGGUAAUCAAGUGAGGUCUGGAGGCCCAAAUGGCUCUGUGAAAUCAAGUACAAUGUGGAGGUUGGGAGCCCAAAAUACAUUUUAUUCUAAUCACUUGUAUGUGUCUUAUCCCUUUUCUUACUGGAGAGUAAGCUUCAUGAAAGCAAGGAUUAUGUCUAAUAAACCUUUCUUUUCCCCAAAGGACCCUGCAUUACGUUUUUGGGGCAGAUAAAUGGAUGAGUUACUGGAUAAAUUACAGGACAUAAAGAGAAAGGGGCAUACGUUCUCAAGGAACUUAAAUUUCAUAUGAGAGAUGCUCAUUGAGAUUUAGUCCUGUAUGGGCAAAGUGGAGAUCUUUAACCCCUUUGGGAAUGGACUUUGUAUAUAACAUGGUAAAUUCCUGAUCCCUGCUUUAACCUGAUUGCUUUUUUUUCAGGGGUUUAAUGGCUUUAUUGGGUUGGGAUCUGUGGCUGCCUGCCCAACAUGAUGCCUCUAAAUGACACCAGCUUCCCAUCCAUGUUUUUCCUGGCUGGUAUACCAGGUCUGGCUUCUGCACACACUUGGAUUUCACUUCCCUUCUUCUCCAUGUUCUUCAUGGCUGUGACUGGGAAUUGCCUCCUCCUCUUCCUCAUCUUCAUAGAUCAUAAUCUCCACCAGCCCAUGUUCUUCUUUCUUUCCAUGCUCUCCUUUGUUGACCUGGUCCUUUCUCUUUCCACCCUGCCUAAGAUGCUCACCAUCUUCUGGUUUGAUGCUACAGCCAUCAGCUUCCAUGCCUGCCUUAUCCAAAUGUUCUUCAUCCAUGCUUUUUCUGCUAUGGAAUCAGGGGUGCUGGUGGCGAUGGCACUGGAUCGCUAUGUGGCCAUCUGUAACCCACUGCGCUACUCUUCUAUUCUCACCCCAGUGGUCAUUGCUCAAAUUGGGGGACUAGUGGUGUUUCGGGGCAUCGGACUCACCAUCUCCUUCCCAAGCCUGGCUCGACGUUUGCCUUAUUGUAGGUCACAUGUCAUUGCCUAUACGUAUUGUGAGCACAUGGCAGUGGUGAAACUGGCCUGUGGGGACACCACUGUAGAUAACAUCAAUGCCUUCAUUGUGGCACUCUUUCUGGGCGUUGGUGAUGUAGCUUUCAUCGCUUACUCCUAUGGGCGUAUCCUACAGACAGUAUUGAAUUUCCCGUCACGUGAGGCCCGGGUCAAGGCAGGUAGUACAUGCACUGCCCAUGUUGUUGUUAUUCUUUUCUUUUACAUGCCAGGUUUCCUAUCUGUUAUUAUGCAACGCUUUGGACCAUCCACAGCCUCUGCAGCCAAAGUCAUCUUUGCCAAUCUCUACCUGCUCUUUCCACCUGCUCUCAACCCUAUUAUCUAUGGGGUCAAGACAAAGCAGAUUCGGGAUAGAUUGCUGAUGAUCCUGAAUCCCAAGCAGAUUGAUCCCACCUGAGUUGUAUCUUCCUUUUCUGGGAUUAGCAGGAGUAUCGUGGAGGUUCUAUCCUGUUAGGAUGGGACACUCAAAGAAGCAAAGAAGAUGUAUGGCAAGUUGGAAUAUCUGUACCUUUUGGCAAAGAGAGGACUCAAUGAUGUUGCAGUAAGAAAGACUCAGGCUAUGUAUUGGGAAGAUUCUACAGAGGGUCAAUGUAGUUAGAUAUUAGAGAAAAUUUCUGAGAGAGGCUAGGAAUCUAUUAUCAAUCAACCAAUAAAUCAACACUGAGAAGCUUCUAUGUGCCUAUCUCUAUGCUUGGUGCUCUUAUGGAAUAAUAAUAUUAUAGCCAGUCUGGGGAUUAAUGCAUGGAAAUCAAUUAGGAUAUAGUCAAGGGAUACUAAUAGAUAAUACUAACUAUGAAUGCAAUUGAGUUCAGGGAUAGGAGUGCUAAUAAUUCUAUAUCUAUUUUUAUUUAUAAAAAUUUUAUGAUUUUUAUUAUGAAAGGCUUUAUUUAAAAUUACUCAGUGAGAUAUAUAGGGCAAGUAUUAUCUUCCCUGUUUUGUGAUAAGGAAAUAGCUUGCAUUACUUGCCCAUACACUUAAAUGUUAGAGCAGUGAUUUGAAUCUAAUUUCUCCCUGCAAAUUUACUAUUGUUUCAACUAUACCAAACUGCAUCUCACUUUAGGGAUCUAAAAAAUGAUAUCCUUCUCCUCUUCGUGUUUUUAGGAUAGAAUUUGUAAACAACUUCAGAACAGGGAGGGUAGACUUGAUUACAAAGAUAACUUGAGGUUAAAUUGAUAUAAACAUACAACUCUACCAUUACAGGUCAACACUGCACCUUUUCCUUUCUGUAAUAUAUAAAUAUCCUAAUUAAAGGACUAAGUACUUUGUGAACUCUAUAAUUUUCUUGAUCUUGACUCCUGAAGGUAUUCCCUCCAAUAAUCCUCAUUUAAUCCAAACAAUUCAUCUCAACUUUCUUUAUUAAUCACUAUCAUCAUCACUAUAAUCAUCAUAUCCAUCACUAUUAUCAAGGAAUCAUAUAAUCUCCCAAUUGGAAGGGACUUCAGAUGCUAUUUAGUUAAAAUUAUAUGUAAACAGAAAUCUUUUCUAUAGAAUACUCAACAAGUGGUCACUUAUCCUUUGCUUAAAGACUUCCAGUCAUCAAAACAACCUGAUAGAGGCCGCUAGGUGAUUCAGUGGAUAGAAAGUCAGGCCUGGAGAUAGGAAAUCCUGAGUUCAAAUCUGACUUGAGACCCUUCCUAGCUUUGUAAUCUUGGGCACAUCCCUUAACUCCAGCUACCUAGCCUUUUUUGCUCUUUUGUCUUGGAAAUAAUACUUAGUAUUGAUUCUAAGAAAGAAGGUAAGGAUUUAAAAAACAGACAUAAAACAAUCUAGUACUGACUAAGAAAUAGAGUAAAGGAUCAGUGAAAUAAACUAGACACAACACAAAGGAGUAAAUGAUCAUAAUCUAGUAUUUGGUGAAAUCAAAGUUUCAAGCUUUUGGAAGAAAAACUCACUAUUCAACAAAAUUUUCUGGGAAAACUGGAAAACAGCAUGGCAGAAACUAGGCACAGACCAACACCUCAUAUCAUAUAACAAAAUAAAAUAAAAAUGGAUACAUAAUCUGGAAAUAAAGAUGAUACCAUAAAUAAAUAAAUAAGGGGAGCAGGGAAUUGUUUACCUGUUAACUCAGUGGAUAAAGGAAGAAUCUGUGACCAAAUAAGACAGAGAAUAUUACAAGAUAUACAAUGUAUAACUUUGUCUACAUUAAAUUAAAAAGGUUUUAUAUAAACAAACUCAAUGUAACCAAGAUUAGAAAGGAAACAAAAAACUGGGAAAAAUUUUUUAUAGGUAGCGUCUCUGACAAAAGCCUCAUUUUUCAAAUAUAUGAAGAAACACCUCAAAUUUAUGACACAAAGCAUUCACCAAUUGACAAAUGAACAAAAGAUAUGAAUAAGCAAUUCUCAGAUGAAAGUAAAUGAUCUUUAGUCACAUAAAAACACUCCAAAUCACUAUUUAUUAGAGGAAUAUAAAUUAAAACAACUCUGAAGUACUGCCUCACAUUCAUCAGACUGGUUAACAUGAUAAAAAUGGAAAUGAUAAAUGAUGCGGGGGAAGGUGUGGUGAAAAUAGUUCACUACUACACUGUUGUUGGAACUGGGAACUAAUCCAACCAUUUUGAAUAGCAAUUUGGAACCCUGCCCAGAGGACAUACUACAGGGCAUAUCCUUUGACUCAGCAAAACCACUGUUUAUAUAUGGGGUAUUACUAUCUCUCAAAGCAGCCAAAGUUAGGGGGAAAGGGCCUACCAUUACAAAAAUAUUCAUAGCAGGUCUUUUUGUGGUGGCAAAGAACUGGAAACUGAAGGAAUGCCCAUUAGUUAGGGAAGAGCUAAACAAGUUGUAGUACAUUACGUAUUAUGGAAUACUUUUGUGCUAUAAGAAAUGAUGAACAGAAUGAGUUCAGAAAAACCUGGAAAGACUUCUAUGAACUGAUGCAACAUGAAGUAAGCAGAACCAGGAGAACAGUGUAUCCAAUUACAGCAAUAAUGUACAAUGAUCAGCUAUGAAUGAAUUAACUAUUAUUAGCAAUGCAAGGAUACAGGACAACCUAAAGGGAUUCAUGACAAAAACCUCUAUCCACUGCUAGAGAAGAAAUUGACAAAGUCUGAAUUCAGAUCGAAGCAUGCCAUUCUUCACUUUAUUUACUCCAUGAAUAUUUCUCUAUUGUAAGCAAUAGGUGUCUUCUUUCACAACACAACGAACAUAGAAAUAUGUAUUGUAUGAUAACACUUACAUGACUAUACCAUAUUAUCUUCUGUCUUAGGAAGAGAGGAGCAGGGGAAAGGAGGCAGAGAUUAUGGAUUGCAAAAUGUCAAAAAAAGAUUAUUUAAAAUUGUAUUGCAAAAUUAAAUUAAAAAUAAAAAUAAAAUAUUUUUAAAAUGCAUGUAGUGAGGUGGAGAGGAAAGCGAGCUUGUUACUCUUUUAAACAGAAUUAUUCAUUUUUAAUUGGUUGUCUUUAGUCUCAUAAAAAUGCUCCAAAUCAUUCUUAAUUAGAGGAAUGCUGGUUAAAACAACUUUGAGGUAGUACCUCACACCUAUCAGACUGGUUAAUAUGACAAAAAACGAAAAAGGUAAAUGUUGGAUGGAACGUGGUAUUUUCCUUUAUUCUUGAAGAGGACCAAAACGACUUCACUGGGGUGAUACUUUUUGACUCAUGUAUAAAUUGGAUUUAAAGGACAGUUGCAUAAAGUUGUCAUCCUCCUUCUCUCUUCCAGAGUCACUGAAGUCUAGUAGCAAGACAAAAGUCAAGAUGAUUGAUGACUGCACAGGAUGCA